AUGCUGGCGGGACAGGCCCCGCCGGGCGCCGCGGGCUGCGGUCGCCUCCUGGCAGCGGCGCUGCGGCCGCUGCUGUGCGGGCUGUCGCCGUGCUGGGCGGCGGGGUGGCAGUGCCGGGGCCUGCGGGUGGCGGAGGCGGCGACGGAGGAGGCGCAGGUGGUGCAGCGGGAGAAGCGGGGCGGCGUGCCGGUGCGCCGCUACAUCGCCUGCCCGCGGCUGGCGCGCACCGUGCAGCAAUGCCUGCAGCGAGGGGCCGGCCCCCAGCCCCUCCUGCUCGAGUUCGCGCCCGGUCCUGGAAUCUUGACUCAAACUCUGCUCAAUGCAGGUAUUAGAGUGGUAGCUCUGGAAAGUAACUUAGCUUAUCUUCCAAACUUACAGUCCCUAGAGAAUAGCCUGGAUGGACAAUUAAAGGUCAUUUAUGGUGACUUCUGCAGACUGGAUCCUUUGGUGAGUGGAACACUGAAACCACCUGCCGUGUGCUCUGACAAGCUUUUUGAAACCAUGGGUGUAGCAGCAGUUCCUUGGAGGGCAGAUGUACCUCUGAGAAUUUUUGGAAUCAUGCCACACACAUUGGAAAGAAACAGACUUUGGAGGCUUCUUUUUGGCCUAUAUGAAUGCAAUUCCAUAUACAAAUACGGAAGAGUAGAACUCAACCUCUUCAUAAGUGAAAAAGAAUACAUGGUAUUAAGAGCAAAGCCUGGGGAAGCAUGGGCUUAUCAAGCACUUACUGUACUUGCGCAAAUAGGAUGUGAAAUUGAAUUACUGCACAAGGAACCUUGGUCAUCAUUUGCAACUGAUUUGAAAAAUGGGAGCCUGGCAAUACCAAAAUCUAAGUGGCUGCCAAAUGACCAUUUAUGUUUGGUACGACUGACUCCUCAGCAAAAUCUAUUUACAGGAGGCUUGAAGCCCACAAAUGCAGCUACCUUUAUUUUCAUGGUGAAACAGUGUCUUGCUAAACCUACGUCUAGACUUAGUGAUAGACUAAAUUCAUGGAGCUUGGACAAUGGUGGCAAAUUACUGAAAGCGCUAGAAAUUCCAGAAAAUGCUGCAAUGCGUGACUUGUAUCCAGAAGACUACAGGCGUCUUUUUGAGGCUUUACAAAAUUCUAGUAUGUUUACUGAAACCUGGUUCUAUGAUGAAGUCUUGGAAAGUGUAAGGACCAUAAACUUAUAAAACUAAAGCUUUUGGAAGAUCACCGUAGCUUCCGAAAGAUUACUUUGAUGAGAAACGGUUUAAAUAAAAUCACAGAUACAAUUAGCUAGAUGAUUUCCUGUCCAAACAGGAAAAUAAAUUCAGCAAGUAACAGGAGCCCUUCUGUACAGGAUGAAAGUAAUGGAUUUGCAGUUAUUUGAGCACAAUCCUAUCUGGAAUGGACAAACUUUGCAACUUUUCUGGGAACUUACUAGUCACUUGCUGCUUUUGGAUGUACAACUUAAAUGGAACUUUUUGUUACACUGCUGUAUAUUUACAACAUUUGAAAAGUUAACAGACCAAAUAAUGAUUAUUUGUCUGGUUUGUAUUUUAGUUCUUAGUGAUUUGAAUGCCUUUUGGACAGAUUACAAAAAAACAUAGGUCUUUAUAACCACUGAGUCUGCUAUAUUGUCUCGUUAUCUAAAAACCUUGCAGUCUCAAGUCAACAAAAUAUUAAUAAAUAAUUAGUGGUGUGUUACUAUAGGACAAAGUAAUGACUGCAUGAUAAAACAGUAACUGGGAGUUGCUUUAAGUAAAGAUUGUAAUAUCUGUAGGGAAAAGUUGUAACAGUUCUUUCUUUUGAAAAUAACACAGGACAAUCUGUACUGGAUUUCAAUACACAAACAGCUAUAUGUGUAUGGGGAUUAUUUUAGGUCUGAAGGUCACCAGAAUAUUCAGUGCUGUAUAAACAAUUUGGAAAAAUGAAAAUAAAAUCAUCUUAUUUGAAACCGUU